AUGCUGUUUGCAGUUUUUGUUAAUAUAGGCAAUGCAGUAAUAGCAGGAACAAUGUAUAAUCCUUAAGAUCCAAUUCAAUACAAAUUUGAUUCUUACUAGUAUAAACUAAUGAUAAUAAUGGCGUUCAACUCAACAUUAGGUAAUAUGAUGCCAAUACUGGCUGUGAAAUUUGAUAAAGCUAGCAGAAUUGCCAGUGUCAACUUUUUAUUAGUCCUUAUGUGCUAUCUUGGAGACAUUUAUAUUUUUGGUUAUUCUACUCAUCUUCUAGAGAUAAUUGGGGCUGCUAUCAUAAUAGGCUGCUCUGCUGUUACUAUGCUUCUAAAAUACACUAGCAAUACUUAAUGA